CAGCGCUCAGUUAAGAGGAGAACGCCGAGCGCACAGCAAUUCAGCACAGAAAUCAACUCACAGAACAGCAAAUAAAUAUUAGCUGCAACAAACAAGAGGGCAAACUGAACUUGGAGCAAAGAUUUAGUUCGGAGCGGAAGUAAGGCUUGACGACAAGUGCAAAUAAUUAAAAGCAGUUAACUAAAGUGCACGUCUAUAUUAGCGCCAUUCGAGUUCAUAUCAUUGCAAAAAGUCAAUCACUCUGAAAAUGAGCCACAUACCCAUUCGUAACACUAACCCACCAAAUCAGAGUGAUGGUAAUGGUAAAGCUAACAUUUUGGAAGAUAAGCUGGACCCCAAGGUUUCGAUCGACAUGGAGGCGCCGGAGUUCAAGGAUUUUGCCAAAACAAUGGUGGACUUUAUAGCCGAAUACCUGGAGAACAUACGCGAAAGGCGCGUUCUGCCGGAAGUGAAGCCCGGGUACCUGAAGCCCCUGAUUCCGGAUGCGGCGCCCGAGAAGCCGGAGAAGUGGCAGGAUGUGAUGCAGGACAUAGAGCGCGUCAUCAUGCCGGGAGUGACCCACUGGCACAGUCCCAAGUUCCAUGCCUACUUCCCCACGGCCAACUCGUAUCCAGCGAUCGUGGCGGACAUGCUGAGUGGUGCGAUUGCCUGCAUCGGAUUCACGUGGAUCGCCAGUCCCGCUUGCACGGAACUCGAGGUGGUCAUGAUGGACUGGCUGGGCAAGAUGCUGGAGCUGCCGGCGGAAUUCCUGGCGUGUUCGGGCGGCAAGGGAGGCGGCGUCAUCCAGGGAACGGCCAGUGAGUCCACAUUGGUGGCUCUGCUGGGAGCCAAGGCCAAGAAGGUGAAGGAGGUGAAGGAGCUGCAUCCGGAGUGGGAUGAGCACACCAUCCUGGGCAAGCUGGUGGGCUACUGCUCCGACCAGGCCCACUCCUCCGUGGAGCGUGCUGGCCUCUUGGGAGGAGUGAAGCUCCGUUCUGUGCAGUCCGAGAAUCACAGAAUGCGUGGUGCUGCCCUGGAAAAGGCCAUCGAACAGGAUCUGGCCGAGGGUUUGAUUCCCUUCUAUGCGGUGGUCACCCUGGGCACCACCAACUCCUGCGCCUUCGAUUACUUGGAUGAGUGUGGACCAGUGGGAAACAAGCACAAUGUGUGGAUCCAUGUGGACGCUGCUUAUGCCGGAUCCGCUUUCAUUUGCCCCGAGUAUCGCCACCUGAUGAAGGGCAUUGAGUCAGCAGACUCCUUCAAUUUCAACCCACACAAAUGGAUGCUGGUGAACUUCGACUGCUCGGCCAUGUGGCUGAAGGAUCCCAGUUGGGUGGUCAACGCCUUCAAUGUGGACCCUCUUUACCUGAAGCACGAUAUGCAGGGAUCCGCUCCGGACUAUCGCCACUGGCAAAUCCCACUUGGUCGGCGAUUCCGGGCUUUGAAGCUCUGGUUCGUCCUCCGGCUGUACGGAGUCGAGAAUCUCCAAGCCCACAUCCGCAGACACUGCAAUUUUGCCAAACUGUUCGGGGAUCUCUGCGUGGCGGAUUCCAGAUUCGAACUGGCCGCUGAGAUUAACAUGGGUUUGGUCUGCUUCCGUCUGAAGGGCAGCAACGAGCGGAACGAAGCUCUUCUCAAGCGAAUCAAUGGACGCGGCCACAUCCACUUGGUGCCUGCCAAGAUCAAGGACGUGUACUUCCUGCGCAUGGCCAUAUGCUCGCGAUUCACCCAGUCCGAGGACAUGGAGUACUCGUGGAAGGAGGUCAGUGCCGCUGCCGACGAGAUGGAGCAGGAGCAGUAAAGUGGUUGUGCAGGUCUGUUCCGCGUUUAAUUUACAAAUGAAUAUAGGUAGCUUUUCCUGUUUCUAUAUGUUACAAAAUGGACCAGUAUGAUAAUAAUAAUGCAUUAUAUGACUUAAAAACCGGAGCAGACCUUACAUUUUCCAUUUGCGACAUGUUUAGGGAAUUUACAUCGCAACAAAAGAUGGAUCCUCCAUCGCUACAUUAGAUUUACAUAUUUUGUCCUAUCAUUGUAUCAUUGAUGUUGUUAUCGAUUUAUUGUUAACGUUAUACGCCUAAUUAAAACAAAUGUAUUCUGCUUACCAGUACGAACAAAUUUUAACUAU